AUGCCACUGGGGUGGCCGUCCCCAUCCCGGCACCUUGGCCAGGGCGGGGGCACCGCCCUGGCAGCUCAGGUGUCCUCCAACGACUUCAAGACCGGUAUGACCAUCGAGUUCGAUGGCUCUCCCUAUCGAGUCAUGGAGUUCUUGCACGUCAAGCCUGGGAAAGGCGCGGCAUUCGUGCGAUCCAAGCUCAAGAAUUACCUGACCGGGAAUACGACGGAGCGAACAUGGCGCGCAGGGGAGACUGUGGAGAUCGCCCAGAUCGAGAAGAAGGACACACAGUUCACCUACACCGAUGGCACUGAUUUUGUCUUCAUGGACAUGUCCAGCUACGAGGAGAUUCGUGUGCAAAAGGACCCCACGUGGGCAAAGUACCUCACUGAAGGGGCCAGUGUGUCGCUCGUGCUCUGGAAUGGCACGGUGAUCUCCGUGGACCCACCUGCGACGGUGGAGCUGCAGAUUGUGGAGACCGACCCUGGGGUCAAGGGGAACACCGCCCAAGGAGGCAGCAAGCCAGCGACCCUGGAGACAGGGGCUGUCAUCUCUGUGCCCCUCUUUGUGCAGUCGGGGGAGCGCAUCAAUGUCGACACCCAGAGCGGCACGUAUGUCGGCCGUGCCAGCAGUUAG